AUGUAUUCUCAUAAUGCAACCGGCAGCAGCAGAGCCUCUUCCGAAACCGCCCGCUACCGCGGCGUGCGCCGGAGGAGCAACGGAAAAUGGGUGUCUGAGAUCCGUGAGCCAAGAAAGCCCACCAGGAUUUGGUUAGGCACAUUUCCCACACCUGAAAUGGCCGCAGUGGCUUAUGACGUGGCAGCUUAUGCUCUCAAGGGUAAGGAUGCGGAGCUGAAUUUCCCUGACUCCGCUUCCUCCCUUCCUGUCCCCGAUUCACUCUCGGCGCGUGAUAUUCAGAUGGCGGCAGCCGCUGCGGCGGCGGCUGCCGGAGCUGCGAAGGAUGCUAUGCAGACGCCAACGAAUAAUAACUCUUCAGGGGUACAAGAGAAGCAAGCAGGGACGAGUAACGAGUUCGUGGACGAGGAUUUGAUCUUUGACAUGCCUAAUGUUCUGGUUAAUAUGGCUGAGGGAAUGCUGCUUAGUCCUCCUCCUUUUGACAUUGGUCUGGAACCUAACAGCCCAGAAAACAUGGAACAUGAGACAAGCCUGUGGAAUUUCCCUUAA